AUGCUUCCUCGUCCUCCCACCCAUCAUAAGCUCCUUCCUGAAGGCUUAUAUAUUUCAAGAUGGCAGGAGCCUGGACGGGCUGAAGCUGAUUUUGGUCGAUUUGAUGCUAAAAAAGUAGUGAGGAAUAUUUACAUCAUGUUCUCCAGAAGUGAAAUUCCAAUAGCUCAAGAAAACCAGGAGAUCAUGGACAUAGUCGAACCAUCUACUCCUCUACCCUCUUGGUUCUCUGAGGAAGAUCUUGCAACCUAUGGAGCCCUGUACCAGAAAUCGGGAUUUCAAACUGCAUUGCAAGUUCCUUACAGGUCAUUUCUUGAUCGCAAGAGUGAACAUUAUAAUAUACCAAUUCCGAAAGUUGAAGUUCCAGCUCUUCUAAUAAUGGCCGAGAUGGAUUAUGAUUUCCAGUUCCCAGGAAUAGAAGAAUACACAAGGAGCGGAGAGGCGAAAAAAGUUGUCCCCAGUUUGGACAUAAUCUACAUACCAGAAGGAACUCAUUUUGUUCAAGAGCAAUUCCCUGAACAUGUGAAUGAGCUUAUCCUUAACUUCCUCACAGGUCAUAGCUGA